AUGAACUCUGAUAAAAAAGGGCAGAUUAAAUUGUCCGAUGGUUGGGUAGUUUGUUCAUCAAAAUCAAAUCCCGGCAGAAAGUAUUAUUUCAAUAAGAGGACAGGAAAAUCUUCAUGGAGUCAACCACAGGCUAAUGAGAAGUCUGAUAGGAAACCUAAGAGUAAAAAAGAGAAAGUACACAGAGACAAAUGUAAAAAAGAGGAGUUGCAAAAGAAAAACUUAAAAAGAAAAAAUGAAGGAGUAGAAGAACAGAGUUCAAACAAGAAUAAAAAGCAGAGAAAAGAGACUUCACACCUCACAAUACCUCAGAAAUAUAAAAAUAAGAAAGAAUCAGCAGUAACUGCAUCAAGCAGUUCAAAAUCAGCACAUAGUAAUUUAAAACCUUCACCUAGUAACACUAAAGCUACUGUUAAAACCACACCCACCAGUGCAAAGAAGACUGUUCCAGAAAAUAUACAGACACCCAUUAAAAAUGCUGCAAAUCAAAGACUUUUACAACUUAGAACCCGAUUAUCUGCAGACAUUCAAGAUGAUAGUAGCAACAGCAAUGAAAAAUCACCCAUCAAAGCGAAACAAAAGAUUAGCCCAAAACCACAAUCAAUUGAAACUAAAAAUGCAAAGAUUGAAAACAAAAGUCCGAAUGUUAAUGAUGCAAAAUGCACAGCAACAACACAGUCUCCGAGCAGUGACAGCUUACAAUCAAUUCCGUCUCCCUCCCAAUUUUUUGCAGCCAAUAAAAUUAUAUCGUCAAUGAAAGCCCAGCUACCUGAAGAAUACUGUGAUAAAGCAAAACAGAAAGACACAUUUGCGGAUAUCGAACAGGGUAUUUGUAAUCAGACAUCAGAAUAUCCUUAUAUGAAGCAUCCGGCCACACCGCCUCAGUUUUCCGAAGCCAGCAAGCUAGUCUCCGCUAUAAAAUCAAAGUUAACGAAAGUGGUUUCUAAAGAAACUACCGUAACGUCGUUCUCGUCAGCUAAUGAGAGGUUAGCAGCCCUACGAACAAGUCUGAAUAACGAAAGUAUGGAAAUCAUCGAAAGUGAUAACUCUUUGGUUAUAAAUAAUGAAGAAAGAUGUACUACUGAAGCUAUGGAUGUGGACUGUAAGGAGCUGCCACCAAAACAAACACCACCUUUAGUGAAUUGUGCAAAAGAUAAUGUAAACAGUAACUUGGUUUUAGUUGUAGACACAAAUAUAUUUAUACAUGAGCUGGAUGUUAUCAAGAAUGUGCUUAAUUCUAAUAUUAAAGGUUACGCAGAGCAGCCGACAUUGCUGGUGCCAUGGAGGGUAGUGAACGAGUUGGACCGGUUGAAGGACAACAAUAAUUGUAGUGGAGCUAUUUGGAAACGUGCCCGACUAGCCAUGGAUUAUCUCUACAAAUCGAUACCAGAAAACAGCAGGAUCAGAGGUCAGCCGCUUCGAGAUGCAAACUCUCACAUUUACCCUUGCGAAUCACCAGACGACGAGAUCCUGAAUUGCUGUCUGCAGCAGGCUGAGAGGGGGAAAUCUGUGAUUCUACUAUCAAAUGACAAGAACCUAUGCAGCAAAGCGUUAAUAAAUAACAUAAAGAAUAUAGGUCUGAAUGAAAUAAAGGGUCUGCUGGAGAACAAGCCUCAGAAGUCAGACCCAAACUUGUAUGACAAUCUCAAGCAUUAUCAGGAUACAAUAUAUCAGCUGUUGGCCAAUAUUUUAGAGAAUGAAAUGCGAGCGAAAUAUAACAAUUUAUGGCAGCAUAUUUUAUUUAAAGCACCACCCUGGACGUUGGACGAUGUGCUCCAAUGUUUGCUCAAACAUUGGAUAGCCGUGUUCAAUGAAGUGUUCCCAAGGAUAGAACAUUUGUUCAAAGACUUGAAGAACAAUCUGGCGUGUGUUGAAAGUAAAAGUGCAAAUACCCUGUCUGAAUCUGAAGUGUCUACCUUCAAAGAGCUUUGUUUAGACAUAGCUAGGAAAUGUCAGAUUAUACCGGAGUACAUGGAGCUUGCUAAGUUGACUGUGGACCGGCUGCUGCGGAGUCGGACGAGCGAGGAACAGGACGGGAACGGGGAGAUGGUGGUUAUUGAUGCGUUUGAAGGAGUUUGGACCGUUAUGUCCAGUUAUUGUGCCAAGUUAUCGAACUGCCUGGGUGUGCAACACAACAUUGAGGACAAGAUCCCCGGCCAGGAACCCCUCGAAGUGCUCACAACUAAGUUGGUGCUCUUCAGCAAUCAGAUCAGUGCGUUCGCACUUGCUAUCAAAGGUGUGCUAAACACAGAUGCAGUGGAGUUUAGUAUAGAGGACCAAGUGUCGCAGUUAGAGAGUGUAUUCAAAGACAGUCUGCAACUCAUAUGUAUGGACGCAGCCGUUGUCAAUAGGAAUAACUUGAGGAUAUUUUGUAUAAAGUGCAAGAACAUGUUACAAGAAGCAUACACGAAGUUUUCCCAACUAACUGAGCUGAUUGAGAUUUGUAAAAUUGCCAUUGCUAAUAAAUAA